AUGAAGGCUUCAACUCUUUUCGCCUAUCUUCUUUUUUCCAGUGUCGCAUUCACAGCACCCAGACUUGGACAUGUUCUUACACAGCGUGGAAUUGCUGAAUUUACUCGGGAUGCCGUCUCAGUUAAUGACGUCUCACGUAAGAGUUCAGCGGGUGCUUUUAUUAAAGCACGCGAUAGCAUAACCUUCACAAGUCUAGCCGCAAAGAUAGUCGUUCCAACUGUAAUCCCAAGAGGUGAAGGUGGCAUAGGAAUAUACGUUGGGCUCCAAAACUCGGUUUCCGAACAUUUUGUAGGGAUAAAAAUCAAUAUUGAGAUAAACCCGGACGACACUGUCAGCUUUUCAGCGUGGUGUCAGUGGUCUCCGCAAGUAGUGGUUGAAGUUCCUGCAACUGAAUUACCCUUUGGCUCCAGCGAUACGAUUUCCGUCAAUGUCGCCAUUUUGUCGGGGGGUAAGAGUGUAUUGUGUAGGCUAGCCGUCCCAAAGAAGGGAGCUGGUACCAGUCGAGAGGUCUCUUCAUCUGGACAAUCAUUCAACCCUAUUGAGUGGGAUGCAACGUGGUCGGUUAGACCACUUGAGCAACAUCCAAAGUUGGCAUAUUUUGACACGGUAUCAUUCUCUGACGCCAGUGUCAUCCACGAUAAUGACCCGAUCAUAUACACAGUUGCAGGUGCUGAAGCAACGUCGCUCACAACAACGUCAGGUGUUGUGGACGCCAUAGAAAGCUUUGAUGAAAUCAGUUCAUCUGUAACUGUAGCACGGUUGUUCUGA